GAAAAAUUGUCUUCUCCUGUCUCCAACUUUCCUCUCUUUUCUCGGUGAUCGUCAACUUUUCUCAUUUUGUGACUACAACCCGUGAGAGAUCUAAAUCCAAUGAGUUCUUUUGGUAACUCGCCUGUUAUUUGCAGCUGGUGCGGAAUUCAUAUUGCACACCAUCAAUGGCGGGAGCAUGUUCAAGUUUGUCAUGGCGCUUAUAAUCAGGCAAGUGUUGCUAUGGCCACCACUCAGGCUAGCAUUGCUAUGGCCACCUCUCAAGUCAGUGUUCAGGGCCAUGGUGUAUCUGCUGCAACGUUGACUCAAGGGCAAUGGUAUCAACAACCAUAUCAACAGUACUACGAAAACUAUAUCAGAGACUACAUGCAACAACAACCGAUUCAAUGUCAAAGUUUUGCUCCACAAAAUCAAGACGCUUAUAAUGAGGCAAGUGUUGCUACGGCCACCACUCAGGCUAGCAUUGCUAUGACCACCUCUCAAGCUAGUGUUCAGAGUCAUGGUGUAUCUGCUGCAACGUUGACUCAAGGGCAAUGGUAUCAACAACCAUAUCAUCAGUAUUAUGAAAACUAUGCCGGAGACUACAUGCAACAACAACAACUGAUGCAACUUCAAAGUUUUGCUCCCCAAAAUCAAGUAAUCUAUGUGCAGGUGCAGCCACGGGUUCAUCAUGUUGCUCAAACCGAUCACUCUCAGAUGCAACCUCAACCACAGGUCCAAUAUCAGAGUUUAGCUAUGCAUCAACCUCAUGAUGCAUUUUCAUCACCUAAGGACAACAAUGUUCAGGAUAGUCUGGCACAAAACACUAUUGGUCAGUGUCAGUCAAACCAUCCACAUGCAUUUUGGACUGGUCUGAACCCUCAACCUAACCAGACAAACCAAGUUGAAGCUCCCCCAAACAAUAUAUUUGAGUAUCAUGAAGAUCAUUUUGCUGAACAGGUAACACAUGUUCAUCCACCUCAACCUAUUAUUCUCAUUCAAAAACAACAGCCUUUGAUACCAAGUCAACUAACGAGAGAUCAAUAUACGAUGCAACAGGUGCUUAAGUAUGGAGGAGCAUCAGUCCCUGAAAGCUCAUAUAUGCAUUCAUUACAUCAACUGAUUUUGUCAAAUCCUUCGUUGCCGCAACAACAAACAGCAGCAUCAACAACUGAUGUCGUUCAUAAUCAGAUGCAUCAGGAAGGCCCUUCCUAUAAUCUCGAUAUAGCUCUGCAGGAGCAUCAACAUAUUCCUACAAUUCUUGGGGUUCAACCAAACAUGAACCAUUUUUCCGCUACUGCACCGCAGGUGGGCUUAGGACAUGCUGCACCGAGCUUGCAAAGGAUCCCAAAGCAGGUACAUUGGCCACCUUUGGGCCCAGAUAAAGUAAUUCAUAUAUAUGGAAAUAAAGAUGAUGAAGCAGUUAUGGAGAGUUCAAUCUCUGAUUCAACCAACGAUUUAUAUAAUGUGUUACGUGCUGCUGAAGAAACUACAAUUAAUUUUGAUCAUAAGCAUAAAAGAAAGCUUACUGAGGCUUGUGAUGAAUCUGUCCACCGAUCAAAGAUUAUUGUGGAGGGCAGUGAAAUAAAAAUUGGGCCUCUAGGCAAGCAAGUGAUGGAAGAAAAUGUUGGAAAUGACUGGGAAAACCUAGGUAAGAGUCUUUUAGUAGAUGUUGGAAAUGGUUGGGAAGACCUAGGUAAGAGUAUUUUAGUAGAGAAAAAAGGCCUAAACGAUGAUCCUUCUCUGGAUGGUACUCUACUAAUGAACCCUAGUUUGUUAGACCAAGAUGGACCUCCACAGCUGAGCAAUCUUCCCCAGCAUUACCUCACGAUUUCUGAAAAAUCUAGAGGUCGUUCUGCAAAAUCAUUGGAUAGAGUAUUUGACCAGAGAUCAUCGGUUAGGAGUCAUGAAAAGCAUGAGACAGGUUUCGAGCUAAGACCUACUUUAAGAUCCUCUCAGCCUUCCAUGGACUUGGGAGAAAGACAGUUCAGACAUGGACCAAGAAGUCCUAUACGUGAACACCUUGGGAUGCCUUCUCAUGAAUAUGGGCCUUCAGGGGAUAGAUUUGCUUUGCAUAGGAGUGAGUUUAAAGGUCUUGGAAAUCUUCAAAUAGGAGAGAAGGUAAUUGCUGGUGAUAAGAUUGGAGCAGUGGAUAGUAAUAAUGGUUUUAGGCUUGGAGAUGUUGGAUCUCAGAGUAGAUAUACCUUGCAAGGAUAUCCUGGUGAUGAUGUCUCGUUUCCAGUUAAGGGAGACUGGGCGACAAAACCUUUUGAGGGUGUAGAUUUUCACUCCCAGACAAAGAAGCAUCAACAGAAGUCUAUGGAUAUGGUCUCCAUGAUGAAGCAUAAUGAAAAGAAACAUAAAAUGGCUCCUUCGGGUUCUUCUCAAUUUGGUAAUCAAAACAAAAAUGAAGAAGGCAGAUUGAAAGGUUCAGGAGAGAAAGAGGAAAACCGGUCCAUUGUGCAUCAUCCGUAUUAA